AAGUAGGGUUAUUGUUUAGUUUUUCCACUUUCCAACUACACAAUAAUUAGGAUCCCCCUUUGAAAUAUAUACUGUAUUGUGUAAUCAAGCAAGGAUCUAUACUAUAGACAAAUAUCUGAUUUGGGGCAAUUAAGAAUCAUUUAAGGGGAUUAAUCUUGCCAGGAAAAUGGCUGAAGAAAAUCAGCAUAAAAUAUUGGUUCCUUCAGACAAUGAUGAGAAGAAGAUUAUUCGUAGGGAAGUUGAAAAACAAAGAAGGAUGCAAAUGUCUAUUCUAUGUUCAUCACUCCGUUCUUCACUCCCUUCUGACCUCAUCAAGGGAAAGCGUUCAGUAUCAGAUCACAUAGCUGCGGCUGCAAAUUAUGUCCAGUUUUUGAAGCAAAAAACGAAUGAACUUGAAACAAAGAGGGAUAGCCUCAAAGAAAUGGCUAGUUCAAGUAUGGUUGAGAUUGGAAAUGAAUUAUCAUCAGAUCCUUCAAGAUUAGUGAAGUGUGUCAAGAUUAAUAUCAUUCAAGGUGGUGUAGAAAUUGUAAUAUGUAGUGGUUUCGAGGAUUUCAGUUCACGUUUAUCGGAUUUAUUGAAAAUAAUACUUGAAGAAGGAUGUGAUGUUGUUCAUUGUGUUACCAACCAAGUAAAUGGGAAGAUUUUUCAUACUAUUAAAUCUGAGGUAAAGGACUUGACAUGCCUUAACCUUGCUCGGCUGCAAAACAAACUGGAUCAUGCAAUCUUAUAGUCAAGGUAAUCAUGAAAAUGUUAUGAAGAGAGGAUCACUCAUGCAAUUUGUGAUAUGAUCAUCAGAUCAUGUAUUAUCUCAGCUUUGGUAAUUUACUUGUCAAUGCUUUUUGGUGUGAUUUUGUUUGUUAUAGAAAAAAUUGUGAUACUAUAAUUAGGAUUCUCUAAUUGCCUUGGUUGAUUUUAAUGUAAUUGUUAGUAUUGAUGUUUAUAUUCCUUAUUUUCUUGCCUAAUUAACCUUAUGCCUACUACUCAUAUCCACAACUUGAUUUCAGUCUAUAUGUUAUAUGAAAUGAAGCUGCUAGUUUCUUGAUUAUUAUUAUAGUUUCCUUAAGUGCAUUUUAAUUGGUUUCCUUUGUUAUGGUGAAUAAAUUGGUGAUUUGGUUUGGCCUCAUGUAUUUUUUU